AUGGCUUACCCUAAAGAUGAUGAAAGUCGACCACACGUUUGUAAGCAAUGUUCGAAAGCAUUUAAAAGAAUGGAACAUUUAACAAGACAUUCAAGAACUCACACAGGAGAAAAACCACAUAUUUGUAGUUUUGCUGGCUGUAAAAAAAGAUUUAGUAGGAGUGAUGAACUAACAAGGCAUUAUAAAAUACAUACAAACACACAACCAAAGGGUAAAAGGGGUAGGAAAAAAAAGCAAAUAAACCAGACCACAACAGAAAAUUUAGAAGAAAAACAAAGCGUUGAUGCUGAUGGUGGCAAAGACGCAAAGAAAAAUACAAAUACGGUAGCACAGGGGAGGAAUGAAAUAAUCUCAGAAAAUACACAUAAUAUUGGUACCAAUCCUACCAAUUUUACUGCAAGAAAGGCCUUAUUUCAACUGAGUGAAGGAGAGGAAAAUGAUGAUGCUGAUACAAGACAAGUGAAAAGCGAUGGCUAUCAACCAUUAUUAUCACAACAACAGGGUGUUGACAAUGUAAUUCUUCCUCCUGUUCACCACAGUAAUAAUAAUAAUAAUAAUAGUAAUAAUAAUAAUAAUAAUAAUAAUAAUAAUAAUAAUAAUAAUACAAAUAGUAAUAAUAUGGGUAGUAAUUUUAAUAAUAGUAGAUCAUCCAGUUUUUUAAAGCUAACUGCAUUGUCCACUUUACAAAGAAUGACGCCAUUAAUAAUAAACAACAAUACCAAUGAGCAUGAACAUGUCAUGUGUGAUAGUAAUAACAAUAGCAACAUUGAUCUUCAAUAUAAAUAUCUAGAUAGUACUACUAAUACCAAUAAUAAUAAUAACAUCUAUAGGGUCCAAAAAAAGUCUAAUCCAGGAACACCAGGAAGAAGAAAUAGUAAUACAUUUAUUAAUACCAUAGAGCAGCAACAAAGGGAAGAAGAACAACAGUAUUUGAAAAGUAAAUCAUUAACCAGUCUACAGAACUUGGAAUAUGUGGAACAACAAAGGCAGCAGACACAAAAAAACCUGUUUAUAUCAUCUUCAAUUUCGUCAACUCCACAUAUUAAUAGUAUCAUAGCUAACAAUAACCAUAAUAACACUUACAAUCAUGACUUUGGUAUUAUGUUGAAUGAAAAAUUAACAUUACUAAAGGAACAAAGAGAUCAUAACGUAAGAAACAGUUUUAUUACUAGCAGUGUAAGCAAUAGUUACAACAGUACGGCGUUGAACUCAGGUUUACAAAGUCCUGUAUUGAAUUAUAAUAGUAAAAGUAAUUUAUUACCUCCUAUCAGAACAUUGGAUAUAGAAUUUCCAAUGGAUAAUGAUGGUGGUAAUUCUAAUAACAUUGGUACAACUAAUCAAUUACAAUAA